AUGACCUGUGUUCUGUUCAAACUGUGCCUACUUUCAGCCUUCGUAGCUGUUUCCCAAAGCAAUCGCCUUGGCCCUACAUCUCACCUAUGCUAUUCCAGGUUCCUAGAUCAUUCCAAUCUUGUUUUCCUGCGCUGGGACUUUGAUCUUGAGGCUGAAUUCAUCACUUUUGAGCUCCAAGUCCGGACAGCUGGCUGGGUCGGCUUGGGCAUCACAAAUCACUACACCAACGUGGGAAGUGAUCUGGUAGUUGGAGGGGUCCUGCCAGAUGCCAAUGUCUACUUUUCGGAUCAACACCUUGUGGAUGAAGAGACUCUAGCAGAGGAUGGGAGCCAAGAUGCUGAGUUGCUAGGGCUAACAGAAGAUGCUGUCUAUACCACCAUGCAUUUCUCCAGGCCCUUUUGCUCUUGUGACCCUCAUGACAAAGACAUUUCGAGUGACACCCUAAGGCUCUUGGCUGCCUAUGGCCUGGAUGACACAGUGAAGCUGAGUCGAGAGCAAACUUUCAUUAAGUCCCUCUUCCUGCUACAAGUAAUCUACCAUGAUGUUGUGGACGACCCUCAGGAAACGAUCAUCCACGACUUGGAGAUCACUGAUUUUCUCAUUCCAGAAGUUGACACCACAUAUGCCUGCAUCUUUCUCCCUCUCCCCAUUGUCAACAAGAAGCAUCAUAUCUACAAGUUUGAGCCCAAGUUGCUAGAACACAAUGAGACCAUGGUGCAUCACAUCCUGGUGUACGCCUGCGGCAAUGCCAGCGUGCUCCCCACAGGCAUCGGGGAAUGCUAUGGCUUCGACCCCGCCUUCUCCCUUUGCUCCCAGGUCAUCGUGGGCUGGGCUGUUGGGGGCCUUACUUACCAGCUUCCAGAUGAUGUGGGCAUCUCUAUUGGAACCCCCCUGGACCCUCAGUGGAUCCGGCUGGAGGUUCAUUAUAGCAAUUUUAACAACCUUCCUGGUGUGUAUGACUCCUCUGGGAUUCGGUUGUAUUACACCUCGCAGCUGCGCAAAUACGACAUGGGAGUCCUUGAACUGGGCAUCUUGACUUUUCCUCUCCACUUCAUACCUCCGGGGGCUGAGUCAUUCAUGUCCUAUGGGCUGUGUAAGACAGAGAAGUUUGACGAGAUGAAUGGGACCCCAGUACCUGACAUGCAGGUAUUUGGCUACCUGCUCCACACACACUUAGCUGGGCGGUCACUGCAGGCAGUGCAAUAUAGAAAUGGAACACAACUCCAAACAAUUUGUAAAGAUUUGUCCUAUGACUUCAAUCUUCAGGAGAUUCGAGACCUACCUCAUCUUGUGGACAUCAAGCCAGGAGAUGAACUGCUGGUGGAAUGCCACUACCAGACCCUGGAUCGUGACACCAUGACUUUUGGAGGCACCAGCACCAUCAAUGAGAUGUGUCUUAUCUUCCUCUUCUACUAUCCUCGAAAUAAUAUCUCCAACUGUCUGGGGUACCUGGACAUCAUCUAUGUGACCCGUGAGCUGGGGGAAGAUGCAUCUGAGAAUCCCAUGGAAAACCUGAUGGUCAUGGACAAUGUUGAAUGGACACCAGAGAACAUUAAGAAGGCUGAGAAAGCGUGCAAGGAGUCCCAGCAGACGGUCAUGAUCAAGACCCUCGAUGAGCAGAUAGAAAAUACAACCGGCUGGAUUCCUGACAUCAUCCCAACUCCUCGGGGGUCAUGCUUAGAGUCCUCUGGAGGCAAAGUGGAGCCCCAGGACAAGACUCCGACAGGCUUCAGGGCUGUACCAAUGGCCCUCUAUAGUCUCAGUAUUCCUAUACUAAGGCCUCUUCCCCUGGUUGCCCUCUUAUUCCUGCAGGGUACUCUCUCAUGGCUCCUUGCCACACUGCAGGAUAGAGUAUGA